UAUGAGAAAAGAAUUCAAGAUGCUGGCGGAAUCGAACUGUUCAUUGGAGGGGAUGAUUUUUUUGCGAAUGUUCGUUUGGAAAAAUUCCUGGAAUUUAAGGAAAUUUUCUCUGACGGAGUGUUUCGUUUACAUUUCCAACGGUUUCAAUCAAGUGAACAGAAGCAAAAUGCAAUCGCAAAAAUCGGAAAAUUUGCAGGAAUUGGUCCUGAUGGUCAUAUAGCAUUCAAUGAGCCUGGUAGCAGUUUAGCUUCAAGAACGCGAAUUAAAACGCUCGCUCAAGAAACUAUCCAGGUCAGNAUCGCGAACGCGCGAUUCUUCGACAACGAUCUUAGCCAAGUACCAACACAAGCGUUGACAGUCGGCGUGGCCACUGUCAUGGACGCACGUGAGGUAAUGAUACUGAUAACAGGUGUGCAUAAAGCAUUAGCGUUGCACAAAGCAAUUGAAGACGGCGUCUCGCAUAUGUGGACCGUAUCAGCAUUCCAGAUGCAUCCUUCGACCAUAUUUCUGGCUGAUGAAGAUGCCACAUUGGAGCUGAAAGUGAAAACUGUGAAAUACUUCAAAGGACUUGCGAAACAUCACCUUAAACUUAUUGAGUGA